AACCAACCAACCGGAGCCGUUUCGCGGGAAAGCGUUUUUUCAAACAAGUCGCUCGAGUUUUAAAAGAAUCAGAGUCAGUUCGAAAAGUCGGUUCAGAGGCAGAAAUUUAGACAGCACCAUCCGCCGGAAACGUUAACGAUCAUCGCUACAAAAUGGCUCUCAACUGUGGUCAUUCUACGAUAAAGUAUCUGCUCUUCAUCUUCAAUCUCCUGUGCUCGCUCUGCGGCAUUGCACUGAUCGUGAUUGGUGCCAUUUCGUUGGUGAAAUUGGACGACAUCCGUGACAUCAGCGAUGAGUACAACAUCAUUGCCCCGUCCGUCCUGCUGAUCGUGUUCGGUUCCAUCGUGUUCUUCAUCGCGUUCUUCGGCUGCUGCGGUGCUAUCCGCGAGUCGUACUGUAUGACAUCGACCUACAGCUUCUGCUUGAUUCUGCUCGUGAUUGCCCAAAUCGUGAUUGCCGUGCUGGUGUUUGUCUUCAUCGGUGACGUAACCGAAGCCAUCCAGAAGGGCUUCGAGCGUGUCUUCAACGCCCGCGAACAAAACGCAAUCAACGCCGAUCUGGUCAAUACGAUCCAGGCCAAUCUGGAAUGCUGCGGCAUGCGGAGCUUUGCCGACUGGGGCCUCAACUUCCCGCAGUCGUGCUGCAGCAGCGGCGGUACCGCUCCUCUGUGCGUUCCGUUCACGAGCGGCUGCGUUAGCCGUCUGGGCGAAUUCCUCGACAGUGCCGGAAACGUUGUGGCCUGGGUUUCGCUGGGAGUUGCAGCCGUCGAGCUGCUGGGACUCAUCUCGGCCUGCUGCCUGGCCAACGCCAUCCGCAACGGACAGAGAAGAUACAGUUAAGCCUGUGGUGUGGAGCCACGAUCGCGCUUGUAUGUCCCGCUAGAGGUGUGGUGUGUGCCACGGUGUGUUUCGGAGCGUCUAUGAAACAUUAUAAUCGUGCUUUAUAAUCGUACAAUAUAUGUUAAGCGAGUGCGGGGCAUAGGAGGAGGGCCGCUAGGGCACCGGGGGACACAUGGCAAAAAGCGUAUCGUUUGUGUACCGUACCACACUCUUGUGCACAUUACACUCAAAUCCAUCCAUCAAAUUCGGGACGCGCGACCCGCAGAUUCUUAGGGGAGACACAUUCAGCAGAACCAGAUACUAGACAUGCUGAAGACGAAAAUUCACACACAAACACUCGAAAGGAGCUGCUCAUCCAGCAACAGCAGUGGCGGUCCGCCAUCGGGAACUCCAGAACAACAGCGGAAGGCAGGCAGAACGGUGUCGUUGGAUUUGUUGCAGGAAGCGGAAGCUACAGAAAGUGCAUCUGUAGAGAAGACACGGACAAAGGAAGUAGCAGUCCAGCGGCAACAUCCUCUGCGCGAUCCGACAGAAGACCAGUCCAGUUCUCGCAUGAUGAGCAGAAAAUGAUCACUGUGUCAUAUUGUCGUUCCCCUGUUUGCAUUCUCGCCAGUUCAGUUCUAUUUUCAUUCGCAUCGGUGUAAGAAGCUUAUCCCCCCGAGCCGCGGUUUCGUCCGUCGGGGCCACACCCGGUUCGAUUCGUUCCGAUCUUCGAAUAUUCCUGUGUGCCGAUAGGGACAAACACAAAACGAGAGAAAGUAAGCGCAUCGGCUAAAUUUAAUCGUUUUUCCACACUAUUCAAGUAGCACUUAAGAGCAUGAAUUAAAAAGGGCCAUCGAUUUUGCACUGUUGCACGAAUGUUUAGUAAGGAUGGUCACGAUUCUCAAGCUUCUUUCGCGUACGAAGAUUUACUUUAAAUUGCGUGUUUGCUUUCAUCAGUAUGGUGUUGCAGUUGCACUAUCUACCCAAACGUUUGAAUAUUUAUUGAUAAAGAAAAUGGAUUAAAGAAGCUAAAGUGAAGCUUCAGAAAUGUAGAACAACCACACACUUCCCGCAACCGGAGAAGAAGAUCCUUAGCACCCGCUCGCACACACCCAGUGUGUCCAUGUGGUGCGUAACGGUGCGUAAAGUUGUUGAAUUUUGUCGAUGUUGACGAUGCGAAGCUACAGUUAUAGAAAUAUAUGUACCGGGCAACCACUUUUUGUCGCUA